UGUGCAUCUAUAGAUUCAAUAAUUGAAACCCCAGAUUCCCUUAUUCAUGCGUUAGAUUGGAUUGACCCCAUCAAUUCGUAACGCCAGCAAUUCGAAUUUUGUGCAAUUAAGCAUUUGUAUCGAUAUUUAUAAUCGGAGAAGGGGAGUUUUUCUUUUUGUUGUUGUUUUUAGUUUCGAUUUGCGUUUCCCUUUUUCUCCUUGCCGUGCAUUUGCUGAAUUCCCUCGUUCGGGGUCGAGAUGGGGGCGGUGACGUCGUCGAUGGCGGCGAAGUUUGCCUUUUUUCCGCCGAACCCGCCGUCGUACGGCGUGUCGGUGGAGGAGGGGACGGGGAAGCUGAGACUGACGGAGGUGGCGGAGCACGAGAAUGUGGACGUGCUGAGGGUGAAGACGAAGAGGGGAACGGAGAUCGUGGGGGUGUACGUGAAGAAUCCUGGGGCCAAGCUGACGCUUUUGUACUCGCACGGCAACGCGGCUGAUCUGGGGCAGAUGUAUGAUCUAUUCACUGAGCUGAGCAUCCACCUCCGGGUCAACUUGUUGGGGUAUGACUACUCAGGGUAUGGACAGUCCACGGGCAAGCCGACCGAAUUGAACACCUAUGCGGACAUUGAAGCUGCAUAUGAGUGCCUUCAAGAGAAUUACGGAGUGAAAGAAGAAGAUGUAAUAUUGUAUGGACAGUCUGUCGGGAGUGGGCCUACUUUGGACCUGGCAUCCCGUUUGCCAAGAUUAAGGGCUGUGGUUCUGCACAGCCCAAUCCUGUCUGGACUUAGAGUUAUGUAUCCUGUUAAGCGAACAUAUUGGUUCGAUAUUUAUAAGAAUAUUGACAAAAUUCCUUUGGUUCAGUGCCCUGUAUUGGUUAUUCAUGGUACUGAUGACGACGUGGUAGAUUGUUCUCACGGUAAGCAGCUUUGGGAGCUCUGUAAAGAAAAAUACGAGCCUUUAUGGGUCAAAGGUGGCAAUCACUGUGACCUCGAGCUUUAUCCAGAAUAUAUUAAGCAUCUUAAGAAGUUCGUAUUAGCUAUCGAGAAAUCAGGCCAUGUGAGAAAUGGAUCUGCAACGUCAACAGACGACAUGUACAAUGCUCAAAACAUCAUGGAUGGCCGGCCAAGAGAAAGCACAGACCAGAGAGAAAAGUCGAGAUCGAGCACAGAUUACAGAGAGAAUCCUAGAGGCAGCAUAGACCGGAGGGAAAAAUCAAGAGCAAGCACUGACAAGAGAGAGAGAUCACGAAAGAGUGUGGAUUAUGCUGACAAGGCAAAUAAUAUUCCAGAACAGCCAGAGAGAGCUAGGAACAGCAUAGACCGCUUCGGAGAUAUGAUGAGAUCGGCUGUUUUGUGCAAUAUUGAUUGUUUCAAACCUGUGGGAACUAAGGUCUGAGGAUGAAGGGGAGGUCAGUGCAAAUAGCUUUUAGAUAUUUUCUGCUGUUUAUCUCGUUUUAGAUUUAGCUUGGCUGGGCUGCAGGUAAUUAAUAAUGUAUUCAUCGUUUGUUUUUGAAUCCGUGUUUGGGGGUUUCGACAGAAGUUGUUAUAACUCAUUUUAAUUCCUUCGAACCUACUCAAUAUACGAUCGAUGUUCUUCAUGAGCUUGUUGCGUUAUUAAAAUGUUCUCCCAUGUUACAUUGAAGCUGAUGAUCAUGAAACAAGUGCGGAUUUUGUGAUAGUUUUUUUUUUUUUGGCACUCGAGGGUGUCAAUAAAAUACUAUAGUUAAUAUUACA